AUGUCCCACACGACGCCGGCGACCUACCUAGUCUGGUCAAUAAUGUCCACUCUGCUUGGGAUGUUUCUCGUUUUUCACCUAUGGAAGUUUGACCGGUUCAAGUGCCUCAAAUUGAACAACGGUCCUUACUCCGGGGCCUUCAAACGACUGAUGACAUAUACGUAUCUGUUGAGUGUCCCCGGGAUUAUAGCGUACGCCAUAGGGUUCGCAGCCAUCAAGUACCAGGAGGGCUUUGUGCAGCUUCUUCCUUCCGGCAUCAUCCCUGUACCAUGGCAACUGUGGACACAAACGCACAAGGCUGCCAUCCUUCCUCUCUACCUGCUUUUCACGAUCUCGUGGUCACUCGAAAUGGUAACGCAUCUGGAAGAGCUCUGCUUUUGGCUCUUCCUGGUCAACUCUGGCUCGGUACAGCAGGACUGGUUCCGAAGCUUGUACUUCAGAACUUGGAUCGUCGGCUCGAUUGUCGCGGUCACGUACAUGCCACUUGUUACCAUUUUCACGCGGUCGGAUCCUCUCAAGUGCGAAGCGUACACGUUCUUGGCGGGUAGUUUGGGCAGCUUGUCACUCACGCUUUGGUUCAUGCCAAUUUUGUGGACAUUCCCUGAGUUCAUCGGCAACUUGAAACGGAGCGGCGUCGAUAUUCGUACUAUCGUCCGCCUGACGACAUUCCAUGAGUUGAACUGCAUACGGGUUUUAUUCCGCUUCCUGUUUGUAGUUCCCCUUCUUGUCCUCGCGGUGGAUGGCGUGCGUCCACACCAGCACGUCAACGAGAGCCCCUUCUGGACCGAGUUUCUUACUUCCGUGGCAGCCGUCGGCUGCGUUGUUUCCUCCGCAAUCACGCUCGUUAUCUUCUUCCCCCGCAAUGUCGAAGGCGAGGUCCAGUCCCGCCACGCCACGCGCGAAAAGUCGCGCUCCCGCACCGCCGGCCAGGAGUACUCGCGCUUCUCCGAUGACGCCCCGGGGCCGAAGCGAUUCAGCUACGCAAUGUCCGGCGCCAGCCCGCUGCCCGAGUAUCCCCCGACGCUCGACGAGGAGUAUCCCGCGCUGAAGAGCGCUACGCUCAGCGAGAGCCCUAGCGCGGUGUUCAUGCCGAACCGGCGUGUCGCAUCCGGGAUUGUCAUCGCUGGCCGCGUUGUCGACCCCACGCCGACGGGCUUGACGGAGGGCGCGCUUGCGGCUCACAACGAGAGUCUAAGCAACGUACAUCCGUUCUUACACAACUUCACUUCUCCGAUCGACAUCAUGGACGGUCCGCAGAAGCGCUGGUACGUGAAGCGGCAGAAUGUAGGGCUCGCGGCUGUAUGA